GAAAGAGGAAGUGCAAAAUUGAAAUUUUACGAAUCAACAUUGGAAAAGAAUUUAUUCAUCCUCAAAACAAAAAAUGUUUCAGUCACCUGAAUAUUGUAGAACUUUGUCACUGAAAUUAUCUGAGGUAUUAGAGGAUGUUGGUGUAAAUGAGAAAAUGGUGAUGAAAAGAAGAAAAAUGUUCAUGCUGAGGGAGAGUUUAGGUACGAUUAUGCUCAGAUCAACUGGUGAAAAGAGAACUUUGUAUCAUCUUGGGAGUCAGAUUGAAGGUACCACUACUAUAGGACUUCGUUCAGAUCUUGACACGGUAAUUGUAGAUUAUGACUAUAAUGUGAUACAAGACUGGGCAGAGUGGGAACAAAGUAAGAUAAAUCUUCUUAUGAUACAGGAUGAGAAUGUAACACCAGGAUAUUGUUUUCUACAACUACUUCGAUCUGAUGAACCUCUUUUUGAGACAAACAUUCCUGAUGAACAUUACAUAAGAGAUAGCAAUGGGAGAAUAUUAUUAAAAAAUACAUUCGUAAUACUUUUAAUUGAUGAAAAUAUUGAGCGACACGGGCCAUCAAAUGCGAUAUCCAGGAAUGAUGAAUAUUGUGACCUUGACAUUGUAAUUGCUUAUCCUUGUAAUUCAAGGCUUCAAUCAGUAUCACAAUUCCUAGAAAGACCCGGUGUUAUGAGGUGGUUAUUAUCUGAAAGUGUCAGAUAUGCUGCUAGCUGUGAUUGUUUUGUUGUUGGUACUAGUAGCAAGAUUGCUAGAUAUCCAGAAUUAGAGUGGAGAAUAUCUACUUCUGUACCAGAGAGAUGUUUGAUGUUCAAUCUAAAUAUUACACAAUUACAAUGCUAUGUUUUAAUGAAAAUAUUUUUGAAAACUUUUCUGAAUGCACAAAAUGUAAGUGCCCUUUCAAGUUUUAUGUGUAAAACCGUUUUAUUACAUUGUGUUGAAAAUACAAAACAAAACAUAUGGAAAAGGGACAAUCUUUUUACAUGUUUAUCAUACUGCUUGCUAGAACUCCAUAGCUAUAUUCAAAAUGAAAAUUGCCCGCAUUUCAUUAUUUCUGAUAACAACUUAAUGGCCGGACAAUUUACAGCUGAAGAGAAGCGAGACGUUUUACAGAAAUUAUGUGACAUGAUACAGAGCGAUGGUAAAUGUUUACUGCGAAUAAGCAUGGAUAAUAUUAGCCACAGAUUACAGGUCAAGCUAAGUUCAUUUGUUCAUAUUGUAUGUAAUAUUCCAACCUCACUUGAGAUACACGAAGACCGUUCGUCUCAACUUUUCAUCAAUCUAAUGACGGGGAUAAGCGGUGGAAUAUUAGUGUUUAAUAAUUAUUUAUCAAAUGACCACAUAUGUUAUCUCAAACAAAUAAUCUUAAGGCUGACAUACUAUAGUAUACGUGGAAAUAAACUGGAACAGCUUGCAAUUCGUUAUCUGUUACCAUUUCUUAGUUCCACACUAGGUCUUACAACGGCGUCAACGAGGAUUGGAGAGAAUUAUCCAGUUCCAUAUGAAGCAUUGAAGUGGCUUACAUUCGGUUUGAACUCAGAUGUUACAUCUGGCAGAUUAAAACUAGCUUCAAUGUUCUACUGUGUAGGUGAUAUGGAUAGAGCAGAGUUCAUUCUGAGACAAACUGAAAGUCGAUAUAACUCUUUUAUUGUUGAACCUGUAUGUGGCUGCUGGCCUCAUCCUUGGACACGUCGGUCUGCUGAAUUUAAAAGGAAAUGCAGUGAACUAAGUGAAAAUUACAUCAAUAGUAUCACAUCAUGUUGUGUAAUAUUCAUGCAGACAGAAGUAAAUUGUGUGCCUCGAGAAUUGCGGUAUGAAAUGAUGAGAUCUACUCAAGAUGAUAUGCCAUAUAGAAGUAUGUUCGAAAUUCUAUGGAUGAACUAUGCUGUUGUUGAUUCCCUCCCUUAUAUCUACUUCUUGCAGUACAAGACAUACGGUUAUCUACAAAGACAUCAGGAUCAACAACGGGCACUGAGUAACCUUGCGAAGGUUAGCUUUACAGGUAAAAACUUUGGUCACAGGGAGACAGCUCUCAAUCUUCUCGGUCAAUGUAUGGAACAAGAGGACAAACCAAGGGGAGCAUUACAGUGCUAUAUGCUUUCCUUUCAACAUAGAGAACGAAACAAUGCUGCCAAAUUUCAUAUUUGUAAUUUACUUAGAAAGUAUGUUUCGUCCCCAAUCUAAAUGUUACAUCAGGGGGUUGCCAGAAUGGGUAUGCACCCCCUUCUGUUUGGGGGGUUUGGUAGACGUUCAAAGUUCCCUUUACGGGUAUAAACUGACAAAGUUUGAGUUAAACGUUAACAACUUUGUUAAAUUGUGUACUUAACCAAAAUGUUAUCUAUUGUUAGUUUGCCACAAACAUUCAGUAAAUUCGCAGUUAUAUUUUCGUAUUAUAUAAUGCCGUGUUAACAAACAAAUCAAAGUUGUAUUGUGAUCAUAUCAUCAUAUAAUCAUAAAUAACAUCACAUUUGUUAAGUACAUGUAAAUAUGAUAUAAUUUAUCCAAGGCUAAAAUCACUGAUGAAAAUACAAUUUAUUUGCGAUGUUUAUUUUUUUUUUUUGAUUGAAGUUUAUUGUUGGCUGCAAUAAAACUAAU